ACGCGAGCCGGCUGCUUUCCUCUGCCUCUCCGAGCGUCUUUGAGCUGUUGUGACAUAUGUGCUCCCUCUCUGUUUCUCAGCCUCUUUCGUUUUCUCUACCUUUUCCACCCAUCUCUAUAUACCUCCACAUCUCUCUGUUUUGUUUUUCCCUCCAGGACAGGAAAAGGAGCGGUGGCAGGGAGCACCGGCAAAGACGACUGACUGACCACAAUAACAGGAAGAGGAAGUGGGCAGUGACCUGUGCGAGAGGCGGUCGGACAGCUGCCGUCCAAUACUUCAGGCUACUGGAUGAGAAAACCACAUCAGGGGAGGCAGGAAGAUAAGAAAGCCACAGAAACACAAACCUGUUGGAUUCUCACCUGAGGAAAAACCUCGACAGCCAGAAGGAGAACUGUGAUAAAGACACUGAACUCAAGUUGGACUCAAAACUAGUGGAGUUUCCGCAGUUGUCUCAAUAUUUUAGUGAUUGUCUGCUGACAAACUCAUGUACUGGUGUUUGACCUGACAAAGACCAUCUAUCUGACUUUGGAAAUCUUUCUUCCUCUUGGAUUCAUUCUCACUCAGUAAGCUUUUUUUUUUUUUUGCCAUCACAGACUUUAUUAUCUGGUCUGAAGGAAUUAUACAGAAACCUGGUGAAUCGAAUCCGGAGACCAAUCUGUAUAGCAACACCUGCUGCUCUCUUUGAUGUCGGAGAAAGCAGUUCACAAAAAAAAGACACUGUGAGAGCGAGAAUCAGGCAGAGCUCAUUCAAGAGGUGUCAUUUUUUCCCUCUAAUAGGAGUCUAAUCAUCUACCUGACACUUAUUUCUGUCAAAAACUGCCUAAUUUAGAAAUUACAACCCCAAGUCAGACUCUGUCUUGGACUUUCCAUCUAUCUUUAUGAUGAUGGCGUUUCGGCUUCGGCUGUGGGCUACGGGCCUCAUGGCCUUGUCCGCCGCUCUCGUCGUCCACUCGAACCUUCUUGUGGUCAACGAGAAGGAGGAACCUGCUGCUAUUGUGAGGAAGGAAUCCCAUCCUGUCCUUUUCAGGCAGAAGAGAGAGUGGAUCUGGAACUCCCUUUACGUGGAAGAGGAAAAACCUGCACCCAUGCCUUAUAAAAUAGGACAACUGAAGUCGAGUCAAAGAGUGGAGGUGAAGCGUUUUAAAAUAGACGGUGAGGGGGCCAACACCAUCUUCACCGUAGACAACAAAGGAGACCUGUUCGUCAGCAGAUCUCUGGACAGAGAGGAGAAGAGUGAAUACCACCUGACGGCCAAAAUGUUUGAUGGGAACAACAAGCUGAUAGAGGACACCGGAGACUUUGUCGUCCAAGUGACUGAUAUCAAUGACAACAGCCCUGUUUUCCCCAGAACAUACAAUGGAUCCAUCCUGGAGAGGUCUACGAUCGGAACGAAAGUGGUUGAGGUGAGGGCGACAGACGCUGAUGACGCCACCACUGCUAACGGAGAGCUCAGGUACUCCUUGACCCCUGACGGAGACAUGUCUGCCUUCGACAUCAACAGUGUCACAGGUCGGAUCACCUGCCAGGUAAGCACACUGGAUCGAGAAACCAGGAGUCAGUAUGUGGUGGUGGUUAAGGCUCAAGACCUGAGAGGACUUCCCUCCGGCAGCACGGCCACCACCUCCGUCACCAUCACCAUCGAAGACAUCAACGACAACAUCGCUUCUUUCACUCAACGGACAUAUGACCUGGAGGUUCCAGAGAACCACAAACUGAAUGAGAAAAUUGGCACUCUGCAAGUGGAGGACAAAGACCUGAACCAGAACAAGGAACCCAUCUUCUCUAUUCCCAAUGAGAAUCACAAGAUGUUCAGUAUUGAAUCCAACACUGACAAGGAUGGUAACCUCAUGCUCAAACAGCCUUUGGACUACGAGACCAGGAGCAGCUACACAUUCACUGUCACGGUGCGAGAGAACCUGAAAAACCUGCGAUUUCCUGCUGACAAUGCCAACAGCGCUCUGCUCUCAGCUCUGGUAAACAUCAGAGUCCUGGAUGUGGACGAGCCCCCUGUCUUUUCUCAGCCCAUCUACACCUUCACCGUGGUGGAAGAAAGGCUCGUGAACAACAUCGGAACAAUCACAGCCAGAGAUCCUGACAAAGCCAACAAGAGCAUUCGGUACUCCAUAUUGGACAAGGACUGUCCCAUCGCUAUCAACCCUGUCACGGGUCAGCUGUCCACCCUGAGGAUGCUGGACCGAGAGCUGGAGGCCACACACAUGUUUCAAGUUAAGGCGCAGGAGGAGCCAAGCGGUUUGGAGUCAUUCAUCAAAGUUGACAUUAUAGUUCAAGACAUAAACGACAACAAGCCUGAACUUGCAGCCGAUGACAUAUUUGUCUGUGAGAAUGACGCUACUAACAUGGUGAUAGGGACCCUGAGAGCGACAGAUAAAGACGACCAGCCGGCGUCUUUCAGUUUCAGCCUGGCCAACCCGAGCUCCAACUUCUCCAUCAAAGACUAUGGCAAUAACUCAGCAGAUGUCAUGGUUAAACAGGGGCCGUUCAAUCUGGAUGACCCCAAAGACUACAGUGUGGAAGUGCGCAUCAGUGACGGAGGACGACCUAUACAGACCAGCAUCACCCGCCUGGCAAUAAAGGCUUGUCGGUGCGAUGCCAGACGGGUUCCUACUCAGUGCAAAACUGCCGCUCUCAGGAUGGGAGUCAGUGUUCACGCCCUGAUAGCCAUUCUGCUCUGCAUACUCACUAUCCUGGUCAUAGUGAUCCUGUUUGUGAUGAGGAAACGCUACCAGAAGGACUCACUGGCGAGUAUGAAGAACAGCGGGGAGAUCCACGAACAGCUGGUCACAUACGAUGAGGAGGGAGGAGGAGAGAUGGACACUAAUGGGUAUGAUGUCUCAAUCCUCACCUCUGCUUGCCAUGAUGGCUCCCUGCUGCGCCACCCAGACCACCACCCCCACCCGUCUCUCUAUGCCAUGGUCCAGAAGCCCACCCACCACGCUCAGCCCACCGCAUGUAAGGGCGACAUGGCCGCCAUGAUCGAGGUGAAGAAAGAUGAGGCAGACCACGACAGAGACGGCUUCCCAUAUGACACUCUGCACAUCUACGGCUACGAGGGUCCUGAGUCUUUAGCUGGAAGCCUCAGCUCUUUGGAUAGCUCCUCCACUGGAUCAAACUUGGAUUACGACUUCCUGAACGACUGGGGACCGAGGUUCAGGACCCUGGCCGAGCUGUACGGCGUGGACAGACCUGAUUACUACCAUCAAUACUGAUGGAGAGGAUCUGCAGAUAAGCAUACAUGAUGCCAAACUACAAUCACACACACAAACACGCUGUGCAUCAGUGGUUGAAAAUAGCCAUAAAAAUCCACUCGCACACUGCCAAAAAGCAUGCAGGACACACACAUAUUCAUAUACAAAGAUGCAACAUGACAACAUUGAUCUCCAAAGACUAAUUUAGCUUCUGAAAAUACAAUCAGGGCACUCUUGUUUCCAGUGUAACAACAACUAACUUUUGUUAUUGGGUGUAGUUCAGUGAGUUUGUUAGUUUGUCAAGUCUCCCCAAUCUGUUCACUCCCAAUUAGAGCCUCAUCAGACUCGAGGAAGCUCCAUCCUGUUGAAUCAAAGGGUGUGUGUGUCUCUUUUUUUGAUGCCAUUGCACUCUUUCCUUCCUCUAAAUCGAUGUUGGGAAGAUUUCUAAACUAACAGCGAAACAUGAUGCCACAAGAGGAAGCAAGAAGUGACUGAUUUACAAAUGAGAGAGAAGAUGAAAGUGUGGACUCUGUGUUGUGUUGGUGUUUUUUGUUCCAACACAGAGAAGAAGAGUAACAACAAAGCCCUUGUAAUAGAUCGGGUUACACAAAUCACCCUUUACUGCAAUCCGUCUUGGAUAAUCAACGGGUUAAUCGGGUCACUGCUGGCCAGCGAUAUUGAUGAGUUAUUAAUAUACUUUAUGCAUCAUCUACUUCAUAAAGCAUCAUUUUGCACCCCCUGCUUUCUAUGUAGUUGUUUAUGCAUUGCAAAUAAUGCAUAUGUGCUAUAUUUCUAAUCAUGGACUGACAGUAUUAUAAAACAGAUAAAACACAACACUAUUAAUCCCAAAGGGAAACUGUGGAUAUCUUAAGCUUUGAUUUAGAAGGAAAAUAUCAAUUUGUUCAUUUCAGUCCUCCUGGGGAUGCAAAAUGGUGCACGUCAAAUCUAUUCAUUCCUUGUUUUCAGUUUUUAAAACCAUAUUUUUCUUUCUUUUGUCUGUCUCGUCACUCUUGGAAUUGACAGCCUGUAAUCUUUUAUAUCUUUGAUGUGUUUUUCCUUUUUUUCUUUUGUUUAACCAAAGGGCCACAAACACUGCACUGAUUUUAUUUUUGAUCCGAAGCUGAUGAUUUGAUUUGUAAAUAUGAUCACUUGAGGGAUUAUAUUGUUUGAGGUGAAAAACUUUGAGCAGCCACAAGAGGUUUAAGUCAAAGAGGUUGGAAGUGUUUGAUCACAGGCAAAUGUGUGUUUUCUUCAUCUGAAAUACUUAAAAAUGCCAUCUUUAAGGAAAGUUUAACUGUGGAAAAACUCUUAGAAAAAACAUUUUAUAUCUUUGUAUCUGUUGUGUCUGGGCGUCUGAUAUGAAUGAGGAAUCAUUUUGUCAGUGUCUAUGUUCCCAGACUUUUUUAUUUUGCUCUAAGGAGA